GAGAAGGAGAGCACCGAUGGUGGACAUCAACUCGGCGCUUCCCCUGCGUCUCCCUCCAGCCGCCAUCCCCAUGGACCUGCGCGUGGACCAGCACCAUCAGCACCACCAGCAGCACCACCAGCAGCAGCAGCAGCAGGUGUCCUCGCUCUCCCCGCCCGGUCAGCAGUCGCCCGGGCCGGGUUUGGUGGGGGCCGCGUGCCAGGCGGGCGGGGGCGUGCGCGAGCAGCAGCUGCAGCAGGAGCUGCUGACCCUGAAGCAGAAGCAGCAGAUCCAGCGGCAGAUCCUCAUCGCCGAGUUCCAGCGGCAGCACGAGCAGCUGUCCCGGCAGCACGAGGUGCAGCUGCAGGAGCACAUCAAGGUACCUCCCGCACGUUCCCUUUCUAUGGCCGUCCGCCUCCUCCACGGCUCAGUGCAACAACAAGAGCUCCUGGCACUGAAGCACCAGCAGGAGCUGCUGGAGCACCAGAGGAAGAUGGAGAACCACCGUCUGGAGCAGGAGCUGGAGAAACAGCAGAGGGAGCAGAAGCUGCUCCUGUUGAAGAACAAGGAGCGGGGCCAGGAGAGUGCCGUGGCGAGCACCGAGGUGAAGAUGCGGCUCCAGGAGUUUGUCCUGAACAAGAAGAAGGCCCUGGCCCAGCGCAGCCUCAACCAGGGGGGGCUCCACAACGACGCCCCCUACUGGUACCGCAAAACCCAGCACAGCUCUCUGGACCAGAGCUCGCCACCACAGACCGGCGUGUCCACCUACAACCACCCCGUGCUCGGUGUCUACAACCCCCGGGACGACUUCCCCCUGCGGAAGACUGCCUCGGAGCCCAACCUGAAGCUGCGCUCGCGGCUCAAGCAGAAGGUGAGCGAGCGGAGGAGCAGUCCGCUGCUGCGGCGCCGAGACAGCCCCAUCACCUCCGCCAAGAAGCGCUCGCUCGACAUGGCGGACUCGGCGUGCAGCAGCGCCCCCGGCUCGGGCCCCAGUUCCCCGAAUAACAGCUCCAACAACAUCCCCAAUGAGAACGGCAUCACCGCGUCAGUCGCCAACAACACGGAGGCGUCUCUGGCCCAGAGGCUGUGCGGCGCCGAGCGGGGCUCCGUGAACCAGCUGUCCCUCUACACUUCGCCGUCCUUGCCCAACAUCACCCUGGGGCUGCCCGCCACGGCCACGUCCACCGCCGCGUCAAACGUGACCUCGGCACAGCAGGAGGGAGGUCUGCAGCCGGCCCUCUCCCUCAGCCCUCCCUUCCUCUCCGGCGGCCACUUGACCCCUUACCUGGCCGAGGCCGGAGCGGGAACGGGCGGGCACGGCGCCCACAGUCCGCUGCUCCAACACAUGGUGCUCAUGGAGCAGAGCCCAGCACAGAGCCCCCUGGUGACAGGUGUGAGCGGCCUGUCCAUGUCGCCGGCGGCGUCCAUGGCCAAGCUGCAGCGGCAGCACCGGCCCCUGGGGCGGACCCAGUCGGCCCCGCUGCCCCAGGGGAGCGCCGCGCAGGCUCACGCCCAGGCCCUGGCCCUGCAGCAGCUGGUGGUGCAGCAGCAGCACCAGCAGUUCCUGGAGAAGCACAAGCAGCAGUUCCAGCAGCAGCAGCAGCUCCACCUCAACAAGAUGAUGACCAAGCCCGGCGAGUCGCCCGGGGGCCGCCAGCACCAGAGCCACCCGGAGGAGACGGAGGAGGAGCUGAGGGAGCACCAGGACGGGGGAGCUCUGCCGCCGGGGGUCACCAUCAAGCAGGAGCCCCCCGACCCGCAGGAGCUGCAGGAGGAGGCGCUGCAGCAGCACAGGGAGCGGCAGGCGGAGCAGGAGCUGCUCUUCAGACAGCAGGCGUUGUUGUUGGAGCAGCAGCGGAUUCAUCAGCUGAGGAACUAUCAGGCCUCCAUGGAGGCAGCCGGCCUGUCCCUCUCCUUCCCGGCACACCGCCCCCUGUCCAGGGCCCAAUCGUCUCCGGCCUCAGCCUCCUCUUUCCCCAUCAGCGUCCCGCCCCCCGAUCCGUCCGCCAAACCCCGCUUCACCACAGGCCUGGUGUACGACUCGCUCAUGCAGAAGCACCAGUGCAUGUGUGGAAACACCAACAGCCACCCGGAGCACGCCGGACGCAUCCAGAGCAUCUGGUCUCGGCUGCAGGAGACGGGACUCAGAGCGCAGUGUGAGUGUAUCCGUGGGAGGAAGGCUUCUCUGGAGGAGCUGCAGACGGUUCACUCUGAAGCCCACGUCCUGCUGUACGGGACCAACCCUCUCCGACAGAAACUGGAUUGUUCAGUCACCCCCAUGUUCGUGCGUCUGCCGUGUGGAGGGUUGGGGGUGGACAGCGACACCAUCUGGAACGAGGUCCACUCCUCCAGCGCCGCUCGACUCGCCGUCGGCUCGGUGGUGGAGCUGGUUUUCAAGGUGGCCACCGGGGAGCUGAAGAACGGUUUCGCUGUGGUCCGCCCUCCGGGACACCACGCCGAGGAGAGCACCCCCAUGGGCUUCUGCUACUUUAACUCGGUGGCCAUCGCGGCCAAGCUGCUGCAGCAGCGACUCAGCGUCAACAAGAUCCUCAUCGUGGACUGGGACGUUCACCACGGCAACGGCACCCAGCAGGCCUUCUACGAUGACCCCAAUGUCCUUUACCUGUCCAUCCAUCGCUACGACGACGGCAACUUCUUCCCCGGGAGCGGAGCGCCAGACGAGGUGGGCAGCGGGCCUGGAGUCGGGUUCAACGUCAACGUCGCCUUCACUGGAGGCCUCGAUCCACCCAUGGGAGACGUGGAGUACCUGGCAGCCUUCAGGUCAGUGGUGAUGCCCAUAGCCAACGAGUUUGCCCCGGACAUCGUGCUGGUCUCCUCCGGCUUUGACGCCGUUGAGGGACACCCUCCCCCGCUGAGCGGCUACACUUUGACGUCCAAAUGUUUCGGCUAUCUGACCAGGCAGCUGAUGACCCUCGCGGGGAGCCGGGUGGUCCUGGCUCUGGAGGGGGGUCACGACCUCACCGCCAUCUGCGACGCCUCCGAGGCCUGCGUGGCCGCCCUGCUGGGCCAGGAGCUGGACCCGCUGCCGAAGGCCGUCCUGGAGCAGAGGCCCAACCCCAACGCUGUCCGCUCUCUGGAGAAAGUUUUAGAGACUCACAGUAAGUACUGGGGCUCGUUGCACCGCUGCUCCCCGCUGCUGGGACUCUCUUUGCUGGAGGCCAAGCGAGGAGACUCGGAGGAGGCGGAGGCCGUCAGCGCCAUGGCCUCUCUGUCUGUGGCCAACUGCAACGCCAUGGAUCAGAGGCCGGAGGAGGAACCCAUGGAGGAGGAGGAACCACUGUAACCGAGGGAAACGCGAGGGUGUCACACCGCUGCCAUCGACCUCACCGGAGACGGGUCUCGACUGAUUCCCUUCAUUUAGCCCCCCGAAACCCCAGUCACAUGGAUUGGCGGCCCCUCGGCCAUUUAAAAAAAAAAAAAAAAUAUGAGGUGCAGAGAGGGGGGGAGAGGGGGGUGGGCUCAGCCUUGAGAGUAGGGAGCCAAUCAGGAGACAGAGGACUGAAUUGGGAAAACACAUUCAAACAUGACAGCGCCGCCCGCCGGCACUCGCUCAGAGACACUCGUUUUUUUUCUGUUGGUCUUCGCGGCCGCCCCGCCAGCUCACGGCGGCCAAACCAGGGGGGCCGAGGGCGAGGGGGCCAGUGUGUUUGGGGGAGGCGAACUGCAGAAAACAUCCGGUGCUUUACCCAGCAGCCCUUCGACCACAGGAACACCAGGAACGGCCGAGGACUCACAGCUCGGGGGGACGAGGGAGGGAGGGGGUCCUGUUCUCUUUUGUCUCGGCUCAUUUCGACUCAUUCUCACGAGACGACAUAUAUUUUACAAGAUGCGUUCACUGCGACGCCUCGACCCCCGGUGCGGCCCGUCGAGUGAGAGGAGUGCCUUGGUGAGGGUGCGCUGGAUUUUUCAGGAGAAGAUUGCCUUAAGUAAACGGAUUUCUCUCGCCGAGGAAGCGAGGGGGGAGGAGACGGGAGGCGGACGCAAAAUAAAGCAAAAACAAUCUUUCAGCAUGUUUACUCGGAACGUGACGACGACAUGGUUUAUGUCUCUCACAGCCUCUCUUGAAGAGUCACUUUACUUUUGGAUGGAUCUAUUUUUCUGUAAAAAAAAACAACCAAACAAACAAAAAAGAGAAUCGCUUUGUGGAAGGUUGUUGCCGGCUUGGGUAGAAAACGGUGCGAACACGGAGCCGUUGGAGCGAGCGCGUUGGAUCGGAAGGUUUAGCCUUUGAUGUAGCUUCCCUUUAACUGAAGCCGCGCGGCUUCCUGCGUCGGAGCAAACCAGGCGUUGCUUCUGUUUUUUUAACGUUAUCCAACAGUGCGAAGCCAAGCAAGAAAAAGCCAAAGCAUGAGUUUGCAUCCACGGUAAUACUUUCACUCCACUCGGCCGGCAGGUCAUUUCUCGGUACCCAGUUCCGUGUUUACCGAUUUAAAAUCUUCGCACCUCAAGCGAGCGUUUCCUCCCACGCGUUGCCGGUUGGCAGCUACCUUGGUUGCUGGCGUGAGCUCGGCAUUGGUCAUGUAUAUUGAAUUGAAUAUAUAUAUAUAUAUAUAUAUAUAUAUAUAUUUUGAGCAUUGCCUGUUUGUAACCACACGUAUAAUUUCCGCAUCAAGCCGUCGAUUUACGACACCGAGAAACGUGUUUGGUACGCGUGUCCGCUUUUUUGUUUUUUAUUGUAUAGGAUUAUUUUUCUAACUUUUUUCAUGCAUAGGUUUUGUUCUGUGUUUUUAUCCGUUUUCUGGAUAGCUGUAGGGCCGUUCACAACCGUAGGACUAUUGUCACUACUUCAAAACUCUUUCUUUCUUUCUUGCUACGGCUCUCCGCGCCUGUCCUGCUUUUCAUCAAUUGUGUAUUUAUAACAUGUACUGUUUAUAGAAGAUUUGUAUAUGGAAAAUUUCUAAAUGUACUCUUAACUAAUGACAGCUAUGAUAUUGUGAGCGAAUAACCGUACGGUGUCUGAUUUUACUUCAUGAGCUUUGAAAAGGAAAAAAGCAGCGUAUUUCCCUCGUCAUCGACUGCUUUCAGGCGGAGCGGCGUCAUUCAGCGCCACCGCAGUUGGCUUUUGAAAACCUUUUCGGCGUAAAAGGUUUGAUCACGUUGUUGCCUAAUCGAUACAUUUUCCUCCCGUGCGUGGGUGACAACGCACUUACCUUUCGACUGUGACGGCAUCACGCGGAGGAGAGGAGGGGACGCGCGUUUUGGAUGGAAAACAUCAGCCGAUAAUUUAGAAAUGUCUUUCUGAGCAUGUGUUGCACUACAAUGUUUGACUGUCCAUAACACGGGGGGUGGGGGGGGGGGGGGGGUCUCCUUCUUCCCUGCUCGGAUCCCACUGAUCCGACAUCAGUUCUUCGUCAAUCUACAUCUUGUCGAUUGCUUCGUUACACCCGAACUCUCAUAGAGCAUCAUCUUAGAAACGUGUCACAUUUGGGAUUGAGUUGAUCACUUUAUCACGUCUUAACAAAACAUUCCACUUGUUUUAUUCCCACACAUUUCCUACGUCUCUGUUGAUAUUUUAACUUUCUCUUUUCUUUCUGCUGUCUGCUCGCGCCAACUUUAACUCUCUGCAUGGUUUGUGAGUCAGCAUGCCUACUUGUCUAUGUAACAAAAAUGUAUUUGCACAACAGAAGAAGAACACUGGAGGACUUUAAGAAGAAGAAGAAGAGAAAAAAAAAACUCCCAACUUCCCGAGAGCAACUUCCUCUCCGCUCAUCAGCGCUCCGCUGGUACAACGUUUCAGACCGUUCUUUGCAACGAGUGAUUCCAACGUGAUUCAGCACUUCCGACUGGAAUGGAGCGCUGAGCCGCUGUCACAUCCACAACUCAAAGUAAACAAAGAGACAGGCGCCCAAAGAAUGCUCCUCUUUCAAAGAUGGUGUUGGGCAGGGCGCCACCGGGGUGGAGAAAUGGCGGAUGUUGGUUUAGAAAAAGGUUUGGGGGCAUCGCCGUUUGAUUGGCCAGUUUGUGUGUAUAUAUGCGUGUAUAUGUAUACACGUAUAUAUGUAUAUAACCACUGUGGCUCAAGAGCAAUUCUUGGUUUCCGUGUAAAUGGGGAAAAAAAGUUAUUUUUUGUUUGUUGUUUGUCUCUUGAUGAAAAAUGUUGACUUUCUUUGGGACCUACGCUUUGGACAUUUCAUCUCUGACAUCAUCUUUAAAAUAUAUUUCUGAAACAUA